UCGACUUUCGCCUUCGCAGCAGCAGUAAAAUUUCCAAUCAUCUACAGCGACUGAUCCGAGUGGGAAGUUCGCAGUAGAAAGACCGCAAAGCUCCUCCAGCUUGACUCAUCUCCUCCUCCUGCUCGCCGGCGAUUCCUCUCCCUCGAUCUCGAAGCUGCGCGAGAGAAACCUCCUCUUCGCCGGAGGGAAGUUCGAGCGAGCUCGAUCUCCGGCGAAGGCGAAGGGCGAACCCCCGAAUCGAGCUGUCCAUAAGCAUUCGUCGGAGCCAAAAACCCUAAACUGGCCGCGGCGAGGGGGGAUCGGUUGUUGGAUUUUUGAAUCGGGAAUCGGACUUGCUAGACACGAUGACGGCGGAGGUGGUUGUGACGAUCGCUGACAUAUGAUUCUUCCAAAUACGAGUACGGAACCGGAACCCGAACCGGAAUCGGAACCCUAGCUAUGGAGAGAUCCAGAUCCAAGAGGAGCUACUACUACGAUAAUGACUACGAUUCCGAGGCCCCCGGCCGGACCAAACCCCGGUACAACAACCACCACCACUCCUCCCCCGGCCCCGCCGCCGCCGCGCACCGGCACCGCGGCGGCGGCGGCGGCGGCGGCGGCGGCGGCGGCGGUGGCGGGGGGCACCGGCAGGACUCGUCCCUCAUGGUCACCACGAGCUACCGGAUCCUCUGCCACGACGCCAAGGCCGGGGGCGUGAUCGGCAAGUCCGGGUCCAUCAUCAAGUCCAUAAGGCAGCACACGGGCGCGUGGAUCAACGUCCACGAGCUCGUCGGCGGGGACAGCGAGCGGAUCAUCGAGAUCUCGGACACGCGGAGGCGGGACCCCGACGGGCGAAUGCCGGUCUUCUCGCCCGCGCAGGAGGCGCUGCUGUUGAUUCACGAUAGGAUUAUGGAGAGCGACGCGUACGGCGGUGGGGAGUACGAGGACGGAGGAGGCGGGAACCGGGCGGUGACGAGGCUCGUCGUCUCGAGGAUGCACGUGGGGAGCUUGUUGGGGAAAGGAGGGAAGAUCAUUGAGCAGAUGAGGGUUGAGACCAAGACUCAGAUUAGGAUUUUGCCCCGAGAUCACACAUUGCCUCGAUGCGUUACCAUGGCCGAGGAGAUUGUUCAGGUUGUAGGUGAUGUGAAUGCUGUGAAGCAUGCAAUAUCAAUUAUUUCACAUCGCUUGAGGGAGAGUCAACAUCGUGACCGCAGUCAUUUUCAUGGGAGAAUUCAUUCACCGGAGCGGUUCCCUUCUGAUGAUGAGUUCAUUCCUCACAUGAGCAACUCAACACGCCGUUCAUCUGGCGAUGGGACUUCAUAUGGUUCACGGCCUAGUCUGACCAAUGCAAGGAGCAAUAACUACAUCUCUCGUUCAUCUGGUUUACCAACAGAGUCCGAGGCUGCUCCCAUGACUGAUGACACGCAGCCACUGGAUGGGGAUGAACUUGUGUUUCGAAUCUUAUGUCCAAUUGGAAAGAUUGAUAAGGUUGCUGGAGAAUCUGUUGGAAUUAUAGAAUUACUCAGAAAUGAUGUUGGUGUGGAUGUUAGGAUUUGUGACCCUGUGGCUGGCUCAGAUGAACAAGUGAUUAUUAUUUCAUCUGAGGAGGGUCCUGAUGAUGAACUCUUUCCAGCCCAAGAAGCUUUGUUGCACAUCCAAACUCGAAUUGUCGAUCUUUUUCCUGAUAAAGACAACAUUAUAACCACAAGGUUACUUGUGCCAUCUAGUGAUAUUGGGUGCUUAGAGGGAAAAGACGGACCUCUGUAUGAGAUAAAGAAAUUGACCGGUGCAAGUGUACAGAUUAUUCCAAAAGGAGAUCUUCCUGGCAGUGCUUUUGCGGAUGAUGAGCUUGUUCAGUACGGCUUAGCUGCUUCGUUUUCUCUGCAGAUUGUGGGGGAGAUAAAAUCAGCUAGGGAAGCCCUUGUUGAGGUGACAUCAAUAUUACGGAACCAUUUCUACAGGGAACUUUCCGAAAAAGACUCACCUCCUCCUCCUGAAAUUGAGCCGAUUCCUUCCAAUAGUAUUACUAAUCGCGAAGCUCAAGCCGCACCUGAUCCUGUGACAGCAACCCAGUUGGGAGUGCAAAAUGUUGCAACAGCACAGCCAUCAAAGGACAAUGGGAGUUCUGCCUCUGAGACAGGAAGGCGUAAUGAAGGUGAGAGUCGUGAAGAUGCCCCUAGCUUGAGCAGGUUACCUGCUGUUACGCUUGUCACACGGAGUACCCUUGAAGUUGUCAUACCAGAGUAUGCAGUUCCAAAGCUCAUAGCAAAAUCCAAAAGUAAGCUGUCUCAGAUAAGCGAGUUGUCAGGGGCCAGUGUAAUACUGCUAGAGGAUAAACCAGAGGCAACUCAGAAGGUUAUUCAGAUAUCCGGUACUCCGGAGCAGGCCGAGAGAGCCCAGAGUCUGCUGCAAGGGUUUAUUUUGAGCACUCAAGAAGACGGGCCUUGAAAUUAUUCUGGAAAAUGGCAAUUAGCUGUAGAACGUGUUGUAGCUGGCUUUGAAGCUAGUUCCUCGAAGAGUUCGUCUGCCAAUCCGACUUGCCAUUGGUACAUGCCGGCCGACAAAAAAGUGUUGGGGAGCUUUGUUCCAAAAUUUGGGUCAUAACAUAUUCUAAUGCUUCUUGAGGAGGAUGUGGUUUCCAUCUGUGGGAAUCACUCCCCGAUCGUUUCCUCUGCCACUGUAAAUGCAGUGCUUUUAUCUUAUGUUCAAUUUUCCCUUAGGGAUGAGAAAUGCAGUGCCUUCAAUGAAUCUGCAGUUACACUU